AUGUACACCAGCAAGGACAACAUCACCCCCCUUCCCGAGGAUCAGCAGCAUAUCGAGGGUUACAUUCAGGACCGCCGAGUCAUUGGCUAUGACCCGCUAGUCCAGCCCGCCCUUCUCCGACAUGAGAUCGUCUCUUCCCAGCAAUCCCUCUCUACUAUCGCCUCUGCACGCUUCUCUGCGGCUAGGAUACUCGCCGGCCGCGAUGAUCGUCUUCUUGUCGUCGUCGGUCCCUGCUCCAUUCACUCCCCUGCGCAGGCCAUCGAAUACGCCAAGCUUCUCAAGUCAAAAAUCCCGGAGUGGAACAACCUCCUCAUAAUCAUGCGGGCCUACUUGUACAAACCCAGGACUACCGUUGGCUGGAAGGGUCUCAUCAACGACCCCGACAUCGACGGCUCCUUCAAGAUCAACAAAGGCCUCCGUUUAGCCCGACAACUCCUCUGUGACCUCACCGAACUUGGCGUCCCUGUCGGCUCCGAAUUGCUCGACACCAUCUCACCUCAAUUCAUCGCAGACCUCAUCUCCUGGGGUGCAAUUGGAGCUCGAACUACCGAGUCACAGUUGCAUCGUGAGCUGGCCAGUGGUGUGUCGUUCCCUAUUGGUUUCAAAAAUGGCACAGAUGGAAGCAUGACAGUUGCUGUCGAUGCGAUGCGUUCCGCCGAGAACCCACACGCGUUCAUGGGCGUUACGGAGCACGGUCUAGCAGCAAUCGUCAAGACCAGGGGUAAUCAGGAUGUGCACGUCAUUCUACGCGGUGGUACCAAGGGUCCCAACUACGCUGCGGAACACGUCAAGGCUGCCGCGUCCGCCAUCGAGAAAGCGCGACCUCAACACCACCCGUCGAUCAUGAUCGACUGCUCCCAUGGGAACUCGCAAAAGAACCACAACAACCAGCCAAAAGUCCUCGCGGACAUCUGCACCCAGCUCGAGGCGGGCGAGCGCCAUAUCACAGGCGUCAUGAUCGAGUCGCACAUCAACGCAGGCAGGCAGGACGUCCCGCCCGAAGGUCCUACCGCCCUCAAGCACGGCGUGUCCAUCACGGAUGCUUGCGUCGAUUGGGACACGACUGUUAAAAUGCUUGACGAGCUCAACGCCGCCGUGGGCCGGAGAAGAGAAAAGCUGCUCGAGCAGGGGCUGAGCAAACCUGCGCUCAACGGGUCCGCGUAG